AUGAGCCAAUCGCCUUGGUCGGUUUGGGUUGCUACAGCCCACCACUUACUGGCGAUAGCAUCGACUCUGACCAUUGUCGCUCUAAACACGGUUGGGUUAUGGGUAGGCAAAGAGCUCACCGGGAAGAGCGGCCAGGAUACCGAGAAGCUACUUGCAUUACAAUUUGCCGCUAAACUACAUGAAUUGUUGAUGCUCUCAUCCUUGGGGCAAAUAUUGUUCUCAGAGACCGUUAAGCAGCUCGUCUUCGGCAAGGGAUUACCUUUCGGUGCGAUCGCCGCCGGACUCCAAUUUGGUCAGAUUUCCUAUCUCUGGUCGAAGGAAUUCAGGGCCACGUCUUGUGCUACGUUCGAACGAAAAUAUCUGAUCAUUCCAGCGGUCAUCAUCUGCACUCUUCUCGGCGUGAGCGUUGGACCAUCCUCGGCGACCGCCAUUCGACCUACGUUAGGCGACUGGCCAGCAGGCGAGACCUCCUUCUGGCUAAAUGCGACCGCCCAAGAACUGUGGCCUUCCACCCUAUCAUUGACAGGGAACCAAACCUGUACUAACUCACCCGAAACAUGCGGCAACUUGGGCACCUGGACCUCUCUUGCGGAUAAUUUUUUCAAGUACUGGGGCCAUGAAGCACUGGGUAAUAUCCGCGCAAUGCCAGAGAGCGUCCAGAUCCCAGGUGAAGUGUCCAUCCGAACUCUGAAUGCGCGGUUUCGAGGCCCAUUUACGCUCUAUCAACCAGAGAUUACGACCGCAACUGUACAAUCUGCCGCGAUAGCCAACGUGGUGAACACGAUCCGACAGAUCUGGUUAAGGGCUAAUGGCGCUCGCUGUUACUCUGCAAGCGGCAUCAGGGACCAGAACUUUUGCACUUACCAGGAUAUCACUUGGUCAGUUGAUGCGCUCCAGCCUUCUGUCUAUGUUGCUUGCAACGGUGGAAACUCCACAGCUGCACCUGAAUUCCCCACGCUUGCGAGCGGGACAGACCAACCCACUCUGGUCGAACAUACCGUGAACGUCACUGAUGACAGUCAUGGCUCAGCUGCAUCAUCUAUCACAUGGGUGAAUCUUCCCAGUCAAGAGUUCAUACGCGCAUCAGUUGGCGCCCUGGUCAGGCCUAGUUUCGAGCAUCAUGACGAAAGCAUUUAUGCAUGCACUAUUGAUGCGCAGUGGGCAAAUGUGACCAUUGAGUCGUCUUUUCUUGGGCUCCCGUACAUUGUCAAUGGCAACCCGCCCACCUGGUACCAGCCGCAGGAUGGUCAGUAUCAUGGUCGCCAUGUGAGCAUCAGCCCAGCGUGGGCCUCACUCGUCAAUCCGUCUCUCAUCACAGCACAGAACACCUCCUCGAGCCCGUUUGACAUUCUAUUAAAUGCGACGACCCUGUCUGAUGGUGAAAGCCAGUACAUGGCAGAGAGAAUCGAAGCCCUUCUCGCCGUUCUCCUGGCAGAUCGUAUGGCUCGUGUCAGCGCCGAUGCAACUCUCCAAGGCACAAUCACCGACAUUAAUCAAGUGCUGCAAAUAAGUGGCGGACAACUCUUUGAACCACCUCCACUGGACUCUGAAUACCAACGCAUGACGUUCCAAACCGCGGUGACAGGCUACGCCUACGGACUUCGCGGAACAACAGGCAUCAUUACUUCAACACUCGCAUCCAUCCUCCUCCUCCUAUGCUACGUCGCGAUUGCAGUGACUCAUGUUCUCUAUACACUUUGCAUCUCGGGCGUGUUCGUCUCACAGUGGCAGAAUGUGUUGGAUCUGGUUGCACUCGCCUUUUACUCGAACAUUACUGGCAUCCCGUCGAUGCACGACACUAGCACGGGUAUAAAAACAAUGGGACCCCUGAAGACAGUAGUCGUAUUUAGGCCGAUGAAUAAGCAUAUAGAGAUGGAAUUUCCUCCACCAGAAGAGACGGGGAAACUAUUGGGAAAAUGA